GACCUCUGUCUCUCCUCUUCUCUCUUCAACUAUUUUAUCCAAUUUAGAUUCAUUCCUUGAAGCUUGCUAGUUUGCUUUUUUCCGUUCUCAUCAUCUUUUUCCUGCUUUCUUCUCUUUUCUUUGCUGCUCAUACAUCAAGGUAAAAGGAAGAAAGCACACACGCCCCUUUCCACUUUUUUCUUACCCAGACCCCGUUCCUCAGAAUUCAGAAUUCCCCACUGUUUUCUCACUUGGGUUUUCGUUUUCCAGCUUUUUGGUGUCCUUGUUCUCUCCAGGCUCUUCAAUCACCUCUCUCUCUCUCUCUCUCUCUCUCUCACACACACACACACACACAAUUGAGACAUCAAGAGGUUGAAGCUGAAGAAAACUAGUAUUUACUCUCACUAACAAGCUGUCCUCCAUUCCAAUUCUCCAACACCAUCUAUUUCAUUUUCUUUGAAUUAUUUCUGGAUUUCAGCUCUUUUGUACCCUUUAUUUUCGAAAAAAGUUCAACGAGUUCAGGCUCUUGAUGAUGGCUUCUAGGUUUUUAACUUUUUAUCUUAGGGAGAUGGUUUAAUUCUAAUUUUACUUUUUCAAAUGCGAAGAUUUUUUUUUAUUUUUGAUUUUGGAAAGGUCGGUUCUUUUUAGAUUCCUCGGGGGUGGCUAUAGGAAAACAGGGUAUUCUGAUUCCUCACAAAUGCUUAUUGAUUUAACACUUGUUUUCCCAUUGUGAAACCUCCGCUCCACCUCUCCCCCACUCUUGCUCUGUUUUUCCGUCUGUUUCAUCAAAGAAUUCAAGAAUUUUUUGACCCAAUUCAAUGAUGCAGAAUUGCUAAUUAUAUCAAGUUUUUAAGACUGUUAUUCUCACAGUUAUUCAGUUUUUAUGAGGUGGGCUAUGGAAAUUCUAUCACCAGCUUCUUAUUUUUCGAACUCAAGGUGGUUGAUUGACGACAGCAAAAAGAGUACCACAUGGACACCUGAAGAGAACAAGAGGUUUGAGAAUGCUCUGGCAUUGUUUGAUAAGGACACGCCGGAUCGGUGGCAGAAAGUGGCGGCAAUGGUUCCGGGGAAGACGGUGGUGGAUGUAAUGAAACAAUAUAAGGAAUUGGAGGAUGAUGUUAACAGUAUAGAAGCAGGGCUAGUUCCAAUUCCUGGAUAUAGUACCUCGCCUUUUACAUUGGAGUGGGGAAACAGUCAUGGUUUUGAUGGGUUCAAGCAGUCAUAUGGUCCUGAGGGUAAGAGAGCUUUAUCAACUAGGCCUUGUGAGCAAGAAAGAAAGAAGGGUGUACCAUGGACAGAAGAAGAGCAUAAAUUGUUUUUGAUGGGGCUUAAAAAGUAUGGAAAAGGGGACUGGAGAAAUAUCUCCCGCAAUUUCGUGAUCACCAGAACUCCGACUCAAGUGGCCAGCCAUGCCCAGAAGUAUUUCAUCAGGCAGCUUUCGGGGGGAAAAGAUAAGAGAAGAGCAAGCAUUCAUGAUAUAACAACAGUUAAUCUCAAUGACAAUCAAACUCCUCCUUCACAAGAAACUAAAAAACCUCCUUCACCAGAGCAAUCUACCACACUCUCCCGGGAGAUGAAUUCUGCUUCCAUGUCCAAAACUUUUAAUCUCAAUGACAAUCAAACUCCUCCUUCACAAGAAACUAAAAAACCUCCUUCACCAGAGCAAUCUAUCGCGCUCUCCCGGGAGAUGAAUUCUGCUUCCAUGUCCAAAACUUGUCAGUGGAAUCAGCCAAAUGAUGGGGCUGGCAUGAGUUUUGAUUCAACACAUGAAAAUGUUUUCAUGUCACCACCUUACGGGGUUAAUAAUUCAUAUGGGCUUAAAAUGCAGGGGGGCCAAUAUAUGCAAAGAGGUGCUUUGAAUGAAUCUUAUUUUGCGCCUCAGAAUAUGGUUUUUCAGAUGCAGAUUGCGCAGCAGUAUACUCAUGGAUGA